UGUGCCAGUAUAAAUGGCUAAGUAGUAUCUAACCUUUGGUGCAGGUUCAGUGAAGUGGGGGCCUAUCUCCAAGGAGCAGGAAGACGAGGUUGAGUGGGUGAGGGCGCAGCUGUCAGAGACUGAGCGUGAGUGCGAGAACCUAGUCACGCAGAAGAAUUUGUUUGAGUCCGGACUCCUUCAAGGAAGUAAGUACCUGGGUCACACUUAUGAGUUGUGUGCUGAGUCCUUUGUGGUUGUGACUAAUGUAGUUGUUUUGUUUGUUUGGACAGUGGCUGGCAUCAUAAGGGGGAGCACGAAGGUGGCCGUAGACAUUGAUGAGGCCGAGAUGCAGAAGCGGCUGAGGGAGUCUCGGGCCAAGAAAGCUGAGAAGAGUGCUGGAAAACGACCCAGGGAUGAUGAUGAGGGUCGGGUCGCGGACGUGCUGGGGAAAAGGAAAGCCUUGGAGGAGGCUCAUCAGCAUGUGAUGGGGUCAGGGCCGAGACUUCCGCCCUUUGAUCUGCAGGCACCGCCGAAGCUACCCUUCGGCAUGGAGGACGUGUUCGCUGAAGGGGUAGAGAAGGUAGACUUCGGCAGGCUACGCCAGCAGAAGAAGGAGGUCAACCUGGCUAUGCACCGGCAGGAGGUGCCUUUAGUGAACGUCUUCCUGGAAGGCGUGAAGAGCGACCCUGAGGCUCUGGCGAGGACUCCAGCUUCUUCCUUCAUUGACUGGGCCCAAAAGACGAUCCUCACCUCUGCCUAUGCCUUUGGCGAGAUGUACGUCAGCAUGGCCAAGGCUGACAAGGAGAUCCAGAGGUUGAAGAGGCGGGAUGAGCUAGCCAAGAGCAAAAUGGCGGAGGCGCAGGAGGCCAUCCGAGAGAAGAACGCCUUGCUGGUUCAAAAGGCGGCCCUGGCCAAGGAGGUGGAGGAGCUGAAGAGAUCGAAGGCCGAGGAGGUGGCUGCUGCCCGAGUCGAGGCGAUUGAGUCCUUCCGAUCCUCAGAGGAGCUGAAGAGCUAUAUCAUGGACCGACUGGUUGAUGAGCAGCUUUGCUGGGAAGAUAGGUUGGUUAGGUUCAACCCCUCGGUGGAGAUUAACUUUGACACCAGUGGUGAGCCUCCUGCACAGAUCCCUCCUGCUGAUGCUAGCGCCCCGACACCAGAGGCUGAGCCGGCCAAUGAGGAUGCCCCGUCGACCGAGUCUUGA